UCUGGAGUCACAGAUGAAGGAACUCUGGAGCAGCCCAAAAGGCAUGCGGCCCUUUGUUCUCCUGGUACCGCGCAUGUUCCUAUUCCCCUUCCGUCACAUGUCUGAAUCUCUUGCUCUUUGUCUGCAAGAAAAAAAACCUUUUCAAAGCGCUGGAAAAGUUUGCGGCUGUAUCGUGUAGAGGUGAUUUCUAAAUUGCACACGAAAAGCGAAAAACAACUUUGCUCCGGCUUCCUAGUCCACCAGAUAAAACGUGUGGAGCAUCUAUCUUGUCUCUUCAUCUCUCCGGCCUCAUCUUUUUCGUACGAAUUUCCUUUCUCUUUUUCUUUCUCUUUUUCUUUUUCUCUUUUCUCUGUUGCUCAUGACCCGGUGCCUCACUUUACACUUUGUACAUAUAUCAACGUGAUAAAAAAGCGCUAUUUCACAUGUCUCAUAUAUUCUACUCGCCCUUGGAUGGCCGCCCCUCUAUCUAUAGCAUGUCGACGGUAAAGACCGGGCACUGCAAGUUCUUCAACAGCACCAAGGGAUACGGCUUCGUUAUACCCGACGAGCCCAUCGAAGGUAAUGCUGAAGUAUUCGUUCACCAUACAGUGAUCCACAACAGCGGAGGAUUCAAGAGCCUGGCUGAGGGAGAACUGGUAAGUGCCGCAUUCUCUGCUGCAAUCGGAAUGACAGAUGCACACCCCUCACACUGUUCGCGAAGGGCAUGAGUUCUGCAAGUUUAGGGGAGUAACCAGCUGAAGGUCUUUUUGCUGAGCCACGCACGCCUCUUUGAACAGCGCUGCAUUGUUGCCGUGGUUCUUACCCAGAAAAAGCGGCCCAUUGUGCCAGCAAGAAAAUAUCCUAAUGCCCAGCAACCACAACCCAACUGUAUUCUUCAUUUAUGCAUUCCAAGUAGGUCGAGUUCGACGUCAUAAAAGGACCCAAAGGACUGCAGGCGUCGCGUGUCACCGGCCCAAACGGUGCGCCAGUGCGCGGCGAUCCGUACUCGCGGCUACGCACCCGCACUAGCCCUCCGUCACAGGUGCCGAUGCCAC